CUUAGUCAUCCAGCAGUACCCUGACCGCCGCACACGCGUGCACUAUGGCCUAAUUACACUCCAGUAGUAGACCAUCUGAACACCCAAGCGGUGAUAGGCGUUUUUUUACUGUAGUGCAGCUUUCGUGGUGACCCGUUUCCUUGAAUCCCAUAUUUUUAUCAGACUCGCGUGACGGUUUCCCAUCGGCAGUUCUUCAAAGUCGAUUAAUCUGCUGUGUUUCCAAUGGAGUCAGAGUAUGUUGACUUCGACGACGUGUUGCCCUACGUGGGAGAGUUCGGUACCUACCACUGGCUACUGUUCUUCGGUCUCGCUCCUGCCUCCUUUAACCUGGCGCUCAUCUACUUCGUGCAGUUCUUCAUCACUCUCACGCCCGACUACUGGUGUGCUGUGGAGGCCCUGAAGGACGCUGGUCUUAGUGCAGAGGAAAGGCGCAACUUCAGUGCUGUCAUCGAGCUGAACUCCCAGGGUGAGGAAGAGAGGAGCCGUUGUAAAAUUUACGAUGUUGACUAUGUGGCUCUGAUGAAGGCGGGCGUGAGGACGGCCAACACAUCGUGGCCGUCUCGAGACUGCCAGGCAUGGGAGUACAACCUUACAACAGCAGGAAACUACCACAGCAUUGUCUCAGAGCUGAACUGGGUGUGUGACAAGGACUGGUACGCGACGCUGGCCCAGUCCAUGUUCUUCAUCGGGGCGGUGUUCGGCGGGCUGCUCUUUGGAUGGGCGGCGGACAGGUACGGUCGGGUGCCCGCGAUGGUGGCCACAAACAUCCUUGCCGCGCUCGCCUCGCUACUGACGGCGCUCUCCACCUCCUUAGCAGACUUCCUCGUGUACAGGUUCCUAGCUGGCAUGACCUUCGACAACAUCUUCGUCAUGAUGUAUGUGCUAGUAUUGGAGUACGUGGGGCCUCUGCGCCGCACUUUGGUGGCCAAUCUUGCUAUCGCGCUCUUCUACAUGGGGGCCACCGUGGCGCUGCCGUGGCUGGCGGUCUGGGUGGCUAAUUGGCGCCUCCUCACUGCCCUUGCCUCCGUGCCUAUGAUUGUCUCCUGCAUCGCUCACUGGGUCCUACCGGAGAGCGCUCGUUGGCUCUUGUCUCAAGGCCGAGUAGAGGAAACGAUCAAGAUUCUGAAGAGCAUUGCUAACCUGAACGGUCGAAUCAUCCCUCCUAAUAUGGUGCAGGGCCUCAGGAGGACCGCCCUGCAGGAGUUAGAAGACACGAAAACCAAAGACCUCUCAGCGUCAAUCCUGGACCUCUUCAAGACUCCAAGGCUGCGCCGCAUCACCAUCGCUGCCAGCGUCCUGUGGAUGUUACUGAGCAUUGUGUACGACGGCCACGCGAGGAACGUAGCUAAUCUCCCUAUGGACGUGUUCAAUGCCUUCACUAUUGCCUCAGCCACGGAGCUUCCCGCUGACCUCCUCCUCAUCGCCACUCUCGACCGCUGGGGGCGUCGCUGGUUGGCCUUUGGUACCCUUGUGUUCUCUGGUUUCUUCAGCAUCCUCACCCUCGCCUUUCCAGACGAUCCCUUGGCCGUGGCGGUGCUGGCGAUCAUCGGGAGGUUCUGCGUCAACAUCACCUACAACAUCGGCCUGCAGUACGCCGCCGAGCUGCUCCCGACUGUAGUGCGGGCGCAGGGUGUCGCUGGCGUGCACAUAGCCGGUUACGUGGCCGCCCUCUUGUCACCAGUCAUCGUGUACAUGGGCUCGAUCAACAAGUUCAUCCCUCUGGUGGUCCUGGGCGUGGCCGCCGUGACCGGGGGUUGCAUCGCCCUGCUGCUGCCGGAGACGCUACACAGAGACUUGCCUCAGACGCUCGCAGACGGAGAGCAGUUCGGCAAGGACCAGAAAUUCUGCUACUUCCCUUGUAUCGCGGAGGACACGCAACCCACGCAUCCAUUAAGCCUCGGAGAGAUUGGACAGCAACCGUCUUUCAUCCGCCACCGGUCCAGCCUAAGAGCUUCCCUGCGUGGCGAGACCUACCGCUCCUCCCUCAUCAAGCACCGCAGAGAGGUCAUCUACUUACCCAUGUUGGACUGAGAUACCCCCUUUCGGUCCGCUCCAGCCCUCCAACCAAUGCAGAGACGGUCUGGGGUAUCGAAAAGCACACAUUUGCUUUGCUUUCUCAUCACGACUAUUUUCAAAGGCCACAGAGAUGAUUGCCGGGUUUUCAAGAGUGUUUCGCCUGUUAACAAUGUAGAAAUAUUGUUAAUUUUAUCAUUAGAACUAAAAAAAAAAAACACCUUAAAAACCCGUGUAUCUUCAACUAGAGCCUUUUGAAUGCAGUAGAGGUGCAGCUCAGAAAUGUUUCAGAAUAAUGGGUGUCACAUUGCACCAUUAUAGUAUGCUUGGGUGGUAGUAAUGCACGUAACGUAGAACAAAAGCAAAGUAGCAGGCGAUUUUCAGUUGAUGGUAAUUGUGGUGGUGACAGUUCAGGAGUUAUGGAGAUGGUGGUGGUGGUGGUGAAAUUAAGCGGUCACUCUCUGCACUUCCUCUCCUUUUUUUUCUUUUUUCUUUUUUUCCUGUUUGGUUUGGUUUUAUUUUCUUGUAUUUUGUUUUAUUUUAUUUUAUUUCUUGUUUUGUUUUAGUUUGUUUUGUUUCUUCUGGAACAAUUUCCCGAGCAUUCUGUGUGGGGAAAAUUUCGUGGUAUAAUUUCAUCAUAAAUGAAAAGAACUCAAUCCUAAU